CGUCGCACGAGCACCACAGACCGCAGCCCCUCUCGCCCGCACGGCGCACACGGCACACACACGACACGAUCGCGGGAAGCCCCCGACACCUGGGCAGGGCAGCCCUCCCCCUAGGAGCCAUCAUCAUUGCCCCAAUAAUUCACUCCCCGCACCGGACGCCGAUCGCCACCACCACCACCACCAGUAGAGGGCGCGCGGCGCGCCAAUAAUAGGGGCGCGAGCAUGGCGUCCCAGCGCUGAAACACACUGCACGCUGGUUGGUCAGUGGCCACUGGCCGGCCACCGCACGCGCGCACCCACGCUUCGAUCGAGCACGAGCACGCCGAUGUCCAUGCGCGACCGCCGCGCCUCCGCCGUGUCCCCGUCGCUGCGCUUCCUCGGCUUCAUCAAGCAGCCGGAUGACGCCGGCGCUGCCGACCAGGAGCUCGAGCUCGACGAGCGCGACGUAGUCUGGUCGUCGUCCCCCUCCUUCUCCUCGGCCUCCACCGCCUCGUCGCCCUCGCCCACGCCGUCCCCGUCCGGGGGAAGCCACCGCUGGCCCCUCUCCUCCCGCGCCUUCCCGUCCGGCGGCGCCGGCCUGUCGUCGCUCAUCGCCGACGAGGACAGCCGCUCGCCCAGCGCGGCCAUCCCGGCCGCGGCCCGACGGGAGAGGCAGCCGCGCUCCCAGCCGUACCACCAGUCUGCGCCGGUGGCCGUGCCUGCCUGGUCCAAGGCGACGGCGGACAGGCGACGCCGGGAGGCGGAGCAAGAGGCCGCUGACGAGGAGGACGAGGACGACGACGAACUCAUGGUGCCGCCGCACGAGAUGGCCGCGCGCCGGGCCGCGGCGGCGGCGUCGGUGAUGGAGGGCGCCGGGCGGACGCUGAAGGGGCGCGACCUCCGGCGCAUGCGCAACGCCGUGUGGCGUACCACCGGCUUCCUCGACCUGUGAAAAAGGACGCUCCUUUGGAGGUUUCUCUCGCUGCCCACGUCACUCCAAUUCAUGGUGUAGUAUUCGUUACAGAAAAUGUGGAUCUUUUGUUGCUACGUUUGGGAUUCUAGGCGAAAUAUUUUGAUGUAUGUACUACUAGUAAAUUAACAAGUGGUUAUGUUUUUCUAGAAGAAAAGAUGCUGAUCACGGAGCAAUUAAAUAAGGUCUAAAUGGCUAGAUUGAACUUGCAACUAA